UUCUCAAGCCUGAACAUAUAUCUAUCAAAAUCAUUAGUUACCUUAAAGUCAAAGAACAACAUGUCCCGUAACAAAACCCCGACAGUGAGUCUCUCCGGCCACCAAAGUAUGCCGAUGAUCGGCCUAGGCACUGGAGACUUUCAGUCUUCCGGUGAGACCGUCAAGACGGCAGUCAUAGAGGCUAUCAAAGUCGGGUACAGACACUUUGAUACUGCUUCAGUUUAUGGGACAGAGAAUGCACUUGGGGAAGCCAUUGAAGAAGUUCUUAGACUUGGACUUAUUGGGUCCAGAGACGAACUCUUCAUCACAACUAAGCUGUGGUUCACUGAUUGUCAUUCAGAGCGCGUCGUUCCUGCUCUGCAAAAGUCUCUUGGGUUACUAAAGCUGGAAUAUCUGGACCUUUAUUUGAUCCACUUACCCGUCAGUUCAAAGUCUGAGAGCAUCGGCAUAUACCCAUCUAAAGAUAAUAUAGAACCAUUAGAUGUAAAAGGUGUGUGGGCAGCAAUGGAAGAGUGCAAAAAACUAGGUCUUGCAAAAUCAAUUGGCGUCAGUAACUUCCCUGUGAAGACACUUGAGAGUUUAUUGUCUGCCGCUACAAUUCCUCCUUGCCUGAAUCAAGUGGAAAUGAACCCUACAUGUCAACAAAAGGAGCUAAGAGAAUACUGCAAAGAAAGGGGUAUACUUAUAACAGCAUAUUCUCCUCUUGGGGCUCCAGGUACAAGAUGGGGCAACAAUCGGAUCCUGGACAAUGAAAUACUUAUUGACAUAGCAAAAUCUCAUGGAAAAUCAGUUGCACAGGUUGCUCUGAGAUGGCUGUAUGAGCAAGGAGUGAGUUUUAUUGCAAAGAGUUACAACAAAGAGAGAAUGAAACAGAACUUGGAGAUAUUUGAUUGGUCACUUACCGAACAUGACUUGGAGAAGAUAAGUCAAAUCAAACAGAUAAGAUUAAAUCAGGAGAACCCUUUGUUCGAAUACGUUGCUUGAUACUUACAUCGUACAUAUAUUCCAAGUGACAUCAUCAUAUAGCCAUCUUGUUUUACAGUUUUUUUUUUUUUUUUUUGUUUUUUUGGGCUCGAAUUAUGUCUUCUUCUUCCCAUAAAGUGGUUAUUUGCCUUGUCAUUGAUGAACCGUUGUACGUCUAUGUAAUGUUUAUCGUGCGUUAUGCAUUUGAAGCUUGAAAUAAAGAUGUCAUUUUGUGAAUUAUACUGUAAGUGUUGUAGCGUUUCUGUGCACCUGUAAGUUUCGUGAUUCUGUGACGAAUGAAUAAAGAUGUGAUAUUAUUAUUCCUA